AUGGCUACAAUAUUAUUUUUUAGCAUUGUUAUUUCAGUUUUUCUUUUUGAUGUUUUCUUAAUUUCAUCGUCGGCAAAUGCAAGAUAUACUAACAACCGCUUACAUUCAUCAAGAACUGCCAUUUCACCAAAAGAACGAGCAACAAGACGACUUGUAAGAUCACUAGACUUAUCUCCCCAAGAAGAUAUCAACUCUUCGGAAAUCGAUGCUCCAAGACUUAAUGAGAAAAAAUUCAAGUUUCCUUUUCUUCCCACUUCUGAUCCUUCUGUGGAAGAUCUUGGAUCUUAUGCUGGUUACUAUCAACUUCCAAAUCCAGUAGGUGCAAGAAUGUUUUACUUCUUCUUUGAAUCACGAAAUAGAAAUGAUGAAGAUCCAGUUGUAAUAUGGUUGAGUGGAGGACCUGGAAUCAGUUGUAGCAUUGAUUUGUUUUAUGCAAAUGGCCCUUUUCAUAUUACAGAAGAUUCUUCUCUUACAUGGAAUGAUCAUGGCUGGGACAAGACAUCAAAUAUUAUAUACGUUGACCAACCUAUCGGAACAGGUCUUAGUUAUAUAAAUGACGAUAGUGACAUAAGGCACGAUCUAACUAGUGUCAUCGAUGAUUUGUAUAAUUUCUUGAAGGAAUUUUUUAUAAAGCAUCCUCAGUUUACUCAUAAGAAUUUCUUCAUAACUGGACGAGCUUAUGCUGGCCAUUAUGCUCCUGCUCUAGCUUCUCGAAUUCUAGAGGAAAAUGAGAAAGCCAAUGCAAUUCCCAUAAAACUCAAGGGAUUCGCUAUUGGUAAUGGACAUAUAAAUCCUCACAUCCAAUACCCAACCAUACCAGAGUUUGCUCUGAAGCAUAAUGUGAUUACGGAAUUGAAUUACUCAAAUAUAGAAGAUUCAAUGAGAAGAUGUCGUGCAUAUACAAGAAAUUGUGUCAAGGGUAUUAAAGAGGCUUGUUCUGUUGCAUUUGAUUAUUGUUUCGAGAUGAUUAAAAGGACCCGAGAAUAUGCUGGAGAUACAAAUUUUUUUGAUAUUAGGAAGCAACGUGUGAAUGGCGUUAAUUAUGACUACUCAAAGAUGGAAAGAUUUUUUGAUAUUCCAUCAGUAAAGAUUGCUCUGAAUGUACCUCAAGACAAAACAUUUGUUCCAGCAAGUAAAACGGUAUUUGAUGCCUAUUCGAAGAAGGACUACAUGAGGAAAUUUGAUGUUGAAAUUUCUGCUUUACUGGAGAAAGGAAUCAAGGUCCUUAUCUAUGCAGGAGAUCAGGAUCUCCUUUACAACUGGGAUGGUAAAUCUCAUGGUUCAAUAUACAAAACCUAA